AUGGGAGAACAACUGUUGAACAACAGUGUCCUUGAUCAAUUUAUUCAUAGGCAUGAGCAGUCACAUUAAGACUUUCAAAAUACAUUCCCAUUUCUCCUUGCAGAGGAAGGAGGAAAGACGAUUCAAGGAACUAAAGUGGACUCCCUAAGAAAAUUAUUUUCUACUUCUGAAUUAUCAAGCAGAAAUAAAUAGGGUGGCUCAUCUGGAAGAAGCAAAGAUAUACGGAUGCCUCUUUGCCACAUAUGCCAAAUGAGAAUAAGGAUGAAGUGGAAGGUGAAUAAGGCAGAUAUUGUGCUGGAAGUCUGUUAUAGACCACCCAACCAGGAGGAGGAGACAGAUGAAGUAUUCUACAAGCAGCUGGCAGAAUUCUCACAAUUGCCAGCCCUUUCUCUGGUGGACAAGUACUUAGAUUUGGAAGAUACAGACACAGAUGAAGAGACUUGUUCUGCAGGGUCAUCAGUUCUCUCAGCAGAGGUGGAACAGACAGUGACUUAUUGUACACCCUAUUUUGAUAGGCCAAUUCAACUGAAAUUUAGAACUUUGCCCCUACCUCUGCCAGGGGACAGGAAGGCACAGGAGCUACUAGGGGAUGAUGUUCAACCAUUCUCACUUGAUGAGGAAGUUGAUUAUGACAAUGUGGUACUGACCCCUAAGUUCUCUGAAGCUGAACUUAAGGCCAUUACAGAAUUGUCUGAAGAGAAGAAAAUGGGCACAGGUAUCAAGUCAGCAUGA